UAAUUUUAAAAAAAUAAAUCAUCUAUUUGUAUAACAAACAUUAUAAAUUGAAUUGGUUAUACUCAUUGAAUAAUUUUUUUAUUGUUAAAAUAUACAUAAAAUGUUUUAUAAAAGGAAUAGUACAAAUCGUAAUGAUCUCACGGAGCCAAAUAACACCUUCAAGCCUAGAUCAUGAAUUGCAAGAAAGUCCAGUCCACAAAAAUUUUCCAAAACUUCAUGUUACACAAAUGUUCCUUAUUACAUUAUUAAGCCAUAAGAAGGGGAUUGACCUUUAAUACCAUAAAUUCCUUCCAUUCUAUCCAUAAAACCCAACGGGGCCAAACCAACCACCAUGAAAACCCACCUCACAUUCUCCUCUCCAACUCUUCUCAUCCUAUUCCUUUCUCUCUGCACCUUCAUCACCGCCAUUGAAGACGAUGUCAAGUGUCUGGAAGGCUUCAAGAGCUCUAUCAGUGACCCACAAUCCACACUCUCCUCAUGGAUCUUCACCAACACCUCCGUCACCUUCAUAUGCAUGCAGCUCGUCGGCGUUUCCUGCUGGAACGACAUGGAGAACCGCCUCAUCAGCCUCCAACUCCCCUCCAUGUCCCUCGCCGGUUCUCUCCCUGAACCCCUCAAGUUCUGUCAAAGCCUCCAACACCUCGAUCUCUCCGGUAACCUCCUCUCCGGCUCCAUCCCUCCCCAAAUCUGCACCUGGUUGCCUUACUUGGUCACCCUAGAUCUCUCCGGUAAUCUUCUCUCCGGUUCGAUCCCUCCUGAAAUUGUGAAUUGUAAGUUCCUCAACAGUCUCGUUUUGAGCGAUAACAAGUUGUCCGGUGCGAUUCCGUACGGGUUGGGUCUGCUCGACCGGUUGAAGAAGUUCUCGGUCGCCAACAACGAUCUCUCGGGUUCGAUUCCCUCCGAUUUGUCCAAUUUCCCGGUCGACCGGUUGAAGAAGUUCUCGGUCGCCAACAACGAUCUCUCCGGUUCGACUCCCUCUCAUUUGUCCAAUUUCCCGGCCGAGGGCUUUAUCGGGAAUGGUGGGCUCUGUGGGAAUCCGAUUGGAUCGAGCUGUGGAAAAUUGAGCAACAAAAACCUUGCGAUUAUUAUUGCUGCGGGGGUUCUUGGUGCUGCAGGGUCUCUGCUUUUGGGUUUCGCUCUCUGGACGUUUUUCGUGUUGUCGAAUCGCAAAAAAAGGAAAGCUUUUGGUGGGGGUGGCGGCGGUCGUUGGAUUGAGAGAUUGAGAGCACACAAGCUUGUUCAAGUGUCAUUGUUUCGAAAACCCAUUGUUAAAAUCAAAUUGAAUGAUUUAAUGGCAGCUACUAAAAAUUUUGACCCAGAAAGCAUUGCUGUAACCACAAGAACAGGGGUUUCGUAUAAGGCGAUUUUACGGGAUGGCUCGGCAUUGGAGAUUAAGCGAUUGAGUGUUUGUAAGCUUAGCGAGAAGCAAUUUCAAUCCGAGAUGAAUAGGUUGGGUCAGUUGAGACACCCCAAUUUGGUGCCAUUGUUGGGGUUUUGUGUUAUGGAAAAUGAGAGGCUUUUGGUGUAUAAACACAUGUCUAAUGGGACAUUGUAUUCGCUUUUGCACGGAAAUGGUAUCGGUGUUAUGAAUAGUGGUUCAUUGGAUUGGCCGGCUAGGGUUAGGAUUGGUGUAGGUGCAGCAAGAGGGCUUUCUUGGCUUCACCAUGGAUGCCAACCCCCUUACCUUCACCAAAACAUAAGUUCCAAUGUGAUUGUUGUGGAUGAUGAUUUCGAUGCUCGUAUAUCGGAUUUUGGGUUGGCAAGGCUUGUUGGUGCUGUGGAUUCGAACGGUAGUAGCACUUUUGUCAAUAGAGACAUGGGGGAAUUCGGGUAUGUGCCGCCUGAAUAUCCAAGCACGAUGAUCGCGUCGAUGAAAGGAGACGUUUAUGGUUUCGGGGUGGUGCUUCUGGAGUUGGUGACUGGACAGAAGGCUUUGGAAGUUAGUAAUGCAGAAGAAGGGUUCAAGGGGAAUCUGGUGGAUUGGGUUACACAGCUCUGUGGGUCGGGUCUAAGCAACGAUGCCACGGAUAAGUCUCUCUGUGGAAGAGGCCAUGAUGAUCAAAUCUUGCAAUUCCUCAAGGUUGCUUGUACUUGUGUGGCCUCUAGGCCCAAGGAUAGGCCUUCUAUGUACAGUGUUUAUCAGUCAUUGAAGAGCUUGAGUGAGGAACAUGAUCACUUUUCUGAACAGUUUGAUGAAUUCCCUUUCAACUUUGGCAAAGAUGAUCUUGAUCAUAAAAAGUAGAUUUUUUGGCGGGAAAUGAUUCGAGGAAGACGAUGAAACUCGUUGUAAUGCAUUCUCUCUCUUCAUUUUGGUAUGUCUUGGAACACUAGUGCUAGUUUAGUUACCUCCGUUCUUGCAAAACUUGCCUCUGUGAUUAUCUGAUGUUUGUAAUUUGGGGGUAUUUUGGGAAAUUGAUAAAAAGUUGAUUUUUGGCUUUU